AUGGCCCUGUCCACCACGGCUCGUCUUCGCCGCAACGAGCGCAACCGUCGCAGCUUUCUUCGCCACGUCAUAAGCAUCCGUCUGAUCAAUGCCUGGUGGAUCGCUACCUUCUUCCAGCCAGAUGAAUACUUCCAGUCUCUCGAGCCAGCCUGGCGCUUGGCUUUCGGUCCCAACAGCGGUGCAUGGCUGACUUGGGUCAGUCACCCUCCCCCCCCCCACGGCGUGAUGCAGGAAUGGCAGCAUCAGCUGAGAUCGUCACUCCACCCGGCCAUGUUCUCGGGAGCCUACCUCGUCGCGGAUUGGGCGUCAAGGCUCAUCCCCGAGGGAAACAUGCUGCGAUCUGCCAUCGUCAUUGCUUCACCCAAGGCACUGCAGGCCGUCAUCGCAGGCCUCGGCGACUGGUACACUUGGCAACUCGCCGUCACCAUCUUCGGCCCCGACAGCAACGCUUCCUUCUUUGCACUCUUUCUCCAGCUCUUCAGCGCCUGGCAGUGGUACUGCUCCACCCGCACCUUUUCCAAUUCCCUCGAGACAACUCUCACCGUCAUGGCCCUGUACUACUGGCCCUGGCCGCUGUUUGCUGCGCCGCCGUCCUCGACAAAGGAGAACCCGAAGCCGGCCAACAUACUCGGAAGCAUCUGCCGUCUUCGCCUAUCCCUGUCUUUGGCCGCACUUGCCGUCGUGCUUCGGCCUACAAACCUUCUCAUCUGGGCCACGAUUUCCGCCAUGGCCUUGACCAGAGUGUCUCUGGAGGGCCCUUCGCCACUGACAAAGUCCGUGAUCCUGCUUCUCGCGAGGGAGGCUUUCCUUUGCGGAUCACUGAUGCUCGCCAUAUCUGUAGUCUCCGACUACUUGUAUUUUGGCUUCUGGACCUUUCCCCCCUACAAUUGGCUCAAUUUCAACAUUUCGAAAUCCCUAGCCGUCUUCUACGGUCGAAAUCCUUGGCAUUACUAUCUGUCCCAGGGCAUCCCUCUCCUCUGCACUACCAGCUUGCCAUUCGUCCUCGCGGGUCUGUACAAACCAGCCACUCUGUCGACAAACGCGAGCAACGCUCUGCGCGUCCUAUCCUCUGCCGUCUUCGCCACAGUUGCUGCUCUAUCCCUCAUCUCCCACAAAGAAGUGCGCUUCAUCUACCCCUUGCUCCCCAUACUGAACAUAGUCGCUGCGCCAGUGGCCGCCGCCUUCUUCACCUCACCACCCUCGUCCAAAGCAGUCGCUUCCCGUCCCCGCCUCCGUAACAAGCCCUAUUUGAUGGCAGCCGUCGGUGUCAACCUCGUUCUCGCCGGCUACCUGUCCUUCUUGCAUCAACCAGCGCCGCUGAGUGUCCUUUCGUACCUCCGCAAAGAAUACGAACGCAUCCACCCGGAAUCCGUUCAACUCGCUCACAGGACCCAUCAACCUCCCGCGCCGCGCGAUGAACUUUUCGCCUUAUUCCUCAUGCCAUGUCAUUCUACGCCGUGGCGAUCCCACUUGUAUUACCCUGGCUUGGAUGCAUACGCCCUGACCUGUGAGCCGCCGCUGGAUACCCAGCCCAACACGCGCGCGAGGAACGACUACCGGGAUGAGGCAGAUAGAUUCUACGACGACCCUGUAGGCUUUCUUACAGACGAGCUGUUUGGUCCGCGGCGUAAAAUCGGCACCCCUCGUUAUAUUGUUGGUUUUGAGGGGAUCGAAGCUUGGCUGUUUCAGUUUCUAGAGACUCCCGCCGGCAAGGCACUUGGCAUCAAGCCUCGUCGUGUCUGGGACGGCUUCAACGGCUUCUUCAACGAAGAUUGGCGAAGGUCGGGUCGGAUGCUAGUUUGGGAUACUGGCGCAUUUGAUCGUCCUGGUCCAUCGAAGAAGCGCCAGCCCUAG